AUUGUUCUUCCUUGGCGCCACCGUCCUGGCACUGACAUGAUUUCCAAGCUCGUUUUACAAGAAAAACCAAUUGUCAAUGUAGUCGUCGAAUAUGUAAUUGGAACCAGAGCUAAAGACAAGUACAAAGCCAAUCCACCUGAAUGGAUCAAUGGGACAAGAUCUGAUGUUCUCUUUACCUGUGAUGAAAACGAUAGUUCCUUGCCUCCUGUCCUCAUCGAAGUACAACACGUGGUUGACGAUAAUUUUAUGCGACGUCUUCUUGGCUACUGCCUUUCUCUUGAGAAGCAAUAUGGUGUUCUACCAAUCGUUUUGAUUUUCCCCGUCUCCUCCAUUAAAUUUGAAGUAUUGAACCGAAUCAGAAAGCGCAAAUCUCAUCCAUUGCUUAUCCACUAUCCCUGCCAUCCUUGGGCACAAGCUUGCUUUAUAGUUGACCGAAACGGUUUAGAAGAAAACCUGCAGCAGCCUUUGAUCCCAUUUGCCAGUGUAUGUUUAUUCUUGGUACGACAAGAUUUAUCCCUCCUUCGCUCACCAUAUAAUUCUGAUCAAACGAUGCAGCUCUUAUACCGUCUGGCUCAGCAUCAUGUUGGAACUACCAUUUUGGAUCAUGAUCACAUCACUGACGAUGUUUUGUCCUUUUGCAAUGAAACGAAGACUCGGCUGGAAAAAAUACUACGCCUUCAAGAAAACGACCAUGACAAAAAUGAGGCUAUAUCAUGUCUAAAAAACACACUUUUAUUAGUCGGUUCAUACCAAGAAAAGUUCAAACAACCUUGUAUUGCCGCUGAUUCUUACCCUGAGUUAUCACCAUCACCAUCACCAUCCACUACUUCCCACACUUCCCACACUGACCACCCUGACCACACUGAGCCAUCCACUUCUGCUGCCUCCCCUCCUCCUCAUUUACAGACACAGCUCCAAAAAACUGACGCUAACUGGGACUUUGUGGAAAAUUGUAUUCAAAAGCUCAAUGGAGAUCAGACUUCUUGGAAAGCUGUAUACCAGCAAGGGAAAAGUCAGGGAUUGUUUACUACCUAUUCCAAUGUUGCAUCCAUGAAACGUUCCUAUUACCGAACAAAAAAAUGA